GGCCUCUCCCGGUCAGCUGAAGGGGCGGGGCGGGUAGCAGCUAGGCUAGCUCCCGGCUGCUGUGUUAUAAUAGUCAAGUUAGUGUGACUGGCUGGAUGGUCGGAGCAGCACCAGCACCGACUCACUGACUAUAUCUGGCCGGUAGCGAGACCACAGUGAUAAAACACCUCGUCGGUCGCCUGGAUAUCUCUGCAUUUUCAGCGUCUUUUCUGCACCGGAGCUGAGAUGCGAGCGUAGCCGUUAGCAGGCGAGCCGUGCCGAGGGAGAGCUGCUGGCUCUGGCGUAUCCUUCAUCCAGACCGGGAGCAUAAAUGUUGCACACAAACCGGUUUACCGACUCGGUUGACGACGCUGGAGAAGAUGCGCAAGGACGUGAGGAUUUUAUUAGUGGGAGAGCCCAAGGUGGGGAAGACGUCUCUCAUCAUGUCUCUGGUCAGCGAGGAGUUUCCAGAUGUGGUUCCCUACCGAGCUGAAGAGAUCACCAUACCUGCAGAUGUCACACCAGAGAGGGUUCCCACACACAUUGUGGACUAUUCAGAGGCAGAGCAGACAGAUGAGCAGCUGUUUCAGGAGAUUUCCAAGGCAAAUGUGAUUUGCAUCGUGUACUCUGUCAACAACAAGAAGUCCAUCGAGAAAGUGACCAGUCACUGGAUCCCCCUGAUUACGGAGAACACAGAUAAGGACAGCAGGGUUCCUCUGAUCCUGGUGGGGAACAAGUCCGACCUGGUGGAACACAGCAGCAUGGAGACCAUCCUACCCAUUAUGAACCAGUACAGUGAGAUCGAGACUUGUGUUGAGUGUUCAGCGAAGAACCUGAAGAACAUCUCAGAGCUGUUCUACUAUGCCCAAAAGGCAGUUCUCCACCCCACAGGUCCCCUCUACUGUCCAGAGAAAAAAGACAUGAAGCAACUUUGUAUAAAAGCUCUGACUCGGAUCUUCAAAGUGUCAGACCUGGACAAUGAUGGAAUUCUCAAUGAUAACGAACUCAACUUCUUCCAGCGGACGUGCUUCAACACCCCACUAGAGCAUCAGGCAUUAGAGGAUGUAAAAAAUGUGGUGAGGAAGAAUUUGAUUGAUGGAGUGUGUGACAACGGCCUCACUUUGAAAGGCUUCCUCUUCCUCCACACGCUGUUCAUUCAGCGAGGCCGCCAUGAAACAACCUGGACAGUGCUGAGGAGGUUCGGAUAUGAUGAUGACCUGGAGUUAAAUCAGGACUAUCUCUUCCCUCCGCUAAAAGUCCCCCCAGACUGCACUACUGAGCUCAACCACAACGCCUACCUCUUUCUCCAGAGCGUCUUUGACAAACAUGACAAGGACCGUGAUUGUGCCUUGUCGCCAGAAGAGCUGAAGGAUUUGUUUGACGUUUUCCCCUACAUGCCCUGGGGUGCAGACGUCAAUAACACAGUUUGCACUAAUGACCAGGGAUGGAUCACCUACCAGGGGUAUCUCUCACAGUGGACGUUAACAACUUAUCUGGAUGUCCAGCGAUGUCUGGAGUAUUUAGGCUACCUUGGUUAUUCAAUAAUCGCUGAGCAGGAGUCCCAAGCAGCAGGAAUUACAGUGACUCGAGAUAAGAAGAUUGACCUGCAGAAGAAGCAGACCCAGCGCAGCGUCUUCCGCUGUAACGUCUUUGGAGACAUUGGCAGCGGCAAGAGCGGCUUCCUCCAAGCCUUUCUGGGUAGAAACCUCAUGCGCCAAAAAAUGAUUAAAGAAGAGCAUCGAUCCUACUAUGCCAUCAGUACAACCUAUGUUUAUGGCCAAGAGAAAUACCUUCUGCUUCAUGAAGUAUUUCCUGACUUUGACUACCUGUCUGACGCUGAUCUGGCCUGUGACAUUGUCUGCCUCGUCUAUGACGUCAGCAACCCUUACUCUUUUGAGUACUGCGCCAAAGUCUUCAAGCAAUACUUCAUGGACAGUAAGACUCCAUGCAUGAUGAUCGCAGCCAAGUCAGACCUGCCAGAGAUCAAGCAGAUGUACGGCUGCAGUCCGCUGGAGUUCUGUCGCAGGCACAAGAUGCCGCCUCCUCAGUCCUUCACCUGCAACACAGCAGCAGCGCCCAACAGAGACAUCUACACCAAGCUGACCACAAUGGCCAUGUACCCCCACGCCCGGCUGCGCUGCAUGUGCACUUGUAACCGGUGCACAUUCUGCUUGUGUCAGAACUUCCUCAACUCUGAGCUGCUGCAGACGGUCAGGGCCAAACUCUACGCUGUCGUACUCAGAAGACAUGUAAGCCAAGCAGAUCUGAAGAGCUCGACAUUCUGGCUGAGAGCGAGCGUUGGCGCUACAGUGUUUGCAGUGCUGGGCUUCGCCAUGUACAGAGUGCUGCUUAAAACGCGGUGAUCCUCGAGCAUCCAGAUCCAGCCCUCAGUAGCCAUGGUACAUAACAGCUAUUUUGACCAGUCAAAGCAUUAGAUUUUCCAAUUUGCAUUUAGCAAAUUAAAAUAGUAUGAACAAUCUAUCAUGGUUCUAUAGUUUAGUGGGCCUGUAUUUAAAAAAAAGUGCAUUUUAUUUUGAGGGGGAAAACUUGUGUCCAAUCUUGUAUAAGCAAUCGUUCUGUUUUUGCAUUUUCAUUCCACUGUGUUUCUCUGCUUGGAGAUAAAAGAGAAAAAUAUUUAAUUUUGUACCAAAUUGCUAAUUUGCUUAAUCUGUCAUCUGCAAGGAUUUGCAAAGUAAAGAAAAUAUAUUUAUAUUUAUAUGAAAAAUAAAGUUAAGCUGCUGGUGAGUCGUAGUGAGUUACAUAGAGUAUAUAGCUAUUAUUUUUUUGGUUGCUUGCUGAUUGAUAUGAUGAACAGUUUGUUGUCACAGAGUAUAAUAGGGUUUGUGAGGUAUGCAAUAGAGGUGACUCCUUUUGAACAAAAUGUAAAUACUGUAUAUAACAUAGACUGUACAUUCUUUUUGUUUUUGUCCAAAAGGCCAUAUCUGAUUCACAUUCAAAACACCAAUAGCAGAAAUAUUGAUUUAACAGUCUGGUCAUAAACUUGCACAAACAUUAGCUAUCAUGAUCCACACUGACAGAGUAAUGGUUUCCCUUUUAUGGCCAAAUUUCUGUGACACAUUUAUUUUUUAUUUAAUGUUUGCACAUCUGAGCAGCUCAUUGUUAUAUCAGUGGAUGUGUUUGUGGGGAAUUAAGAAUCUGCUGCUCUCUUUCUCUCUUCUUCCCAUAUUGGUCACUUUACUUUUCAUGUGUGCUAAGCUAUUGUACAUUUACACCACAGAGUUAUUGUGACAAUUCUGAGUUUGCAUGCUUCUGUAUUUCUGGCCACAUUCCAGUGUUAAGAGUUUCUGUAAAAAUAAUAAUAAUUUCCCUGCAAGUUUUUCCUAAUUGCUUGCCAGGUCCCAGUAAUUCAGGUCUUUAAAGUGACUGCUGCUGAAUGGAGGAUACUUGGUAUCAACACAUGCAAUAAUGUGGCCCCAGAUUUGAAUUUUCAUGCAGUUACAACUUCUUGCCACAAGGUUUAGUUGAUGUAUUCACUCAGCCCUGCCUUUCCAACGUUUACAAUAAAUAUUUAUGUCUAUAA